AUGUUUCUCAAAGUGCAGUUACCGUGGAAUGUCAUAAUUCCUGCUGAAAACUUAGAUGCAAAGGGCUUGAUGCUCCAGAGGUCUAUUAUAAUCCGUCUACUAGAUGAAUUUGCCACCAAAAAGGCCACCAAGGAUCUCGGCUAUUUCCUUGCAGUUACUACUCUAGAAAAUAUAGGAGAAGGGAAAGUUCGUCAAACAGGUGAUGUCUUGUUUCCAGUUACUUUUAGUGGUAUCACCUUCAAACUUUAUCGGGGAGAGAUCUUGGAAGGGGUUGUUCACAAGGUUCUCAAGCAUGGUGUUUUCUUGAGAUGUGGCCCCGUCGAGAACAUUUAUCUCUCUUACCUAAAAAUGCCAGACUACCGCUAUGUGCCGGGUGAGAAUCCCGUCUUCCUGAACGACAAGCUCUCAAAGAUUGAGAAAGACGUGGUAGUGCGUUUUAUUGUGAUUGGAACAAAGUGGCUUGAGGCCGAAAGAGAGUUUCAAGCACUUGUAAGUUUGGAAGGUGAUUAUCUAGGGCCUGUUUCUUAGUGAUUUUUUUGGCACUGCAAUCAUGUACUCUGUAUAUAUAAACCCAAAUCAAGUUUUCUCCGGGAUGGAACAGUGUCUAGGUGACAUUAUCAAUUGAAGCUAAAUGCUUGUAGGAAGUUUCUUGGACAAUGAACAGUAGGCCUGUAAUGCAAUUAUGCUAUCAUGUUAUUUUCAUCCUUGUUAAGCUUUAAGGCUUGAUUA